AUGCACAGGGUUGAACAGUGGACAGGAACUCAUUUUCGUAAGGCCGAACUAUGGGAGGUUGGCACAUAUCUAUUGAUUCCCCACCACUCUGGUGAAGCCAUAUGCCCUUCUUUGAAUGCUCGGAUUGCAUUUCUGGAAUCUCUAGAGGAGCCCAAGGAUUGGUCAGAGCAAGCUCGACUCAGGUCACUGGACCUCAGUCAAGUUCCAUGGAGAACUGAUGAAACAAGAGCCACCAGCAUCAAUGAAUACAACACUCCACAGGAUGUCAAUGAAAUGGGAGCAGAACCAGAACCAAAUGGCCCUUCAGAUGCAGAGUUUGAGAAGUUAUUGGACGACUUACUAGAAGACCCGUCUAUGGAACUCCCAUCUGACGUUUUGGACGAUGAGGACGAAGAAACUGCAAAUGGCGACUCCGACGUCGGGAAUAUCCCACAAUAUCUGCAGUAUCCGACAGAGGCAACACCUAAUAUUUCUUCCCAUGCCAACCACGUACCUAGAGUGGAUGGCCUUAAUAACUCUUACGUCCGCGUCGUUCAUACAAAUGGUCUUCAUCAUCUAGCAAUGGUAUCGUGUGUUUGCCACAGUCAAGGCUCUGAUACAUUGCCACUCGACCUUGUGGCAAGCAGACUAUUGCCUACAAGUUUCUACCAUACUCGCACACUAUUUUCCGCCCAUCUUCUCGAUUACUUUCGUUUAUCCAACUUGGAGCUCAAGGCGUCGGCAUACCAGUUUUACUCGUUACUCAAACGCAUAACAAAUUCCAUGGCACCAUCAAGUGUUGUCGACUUAUAUAACGAGUUCCGCAGGAUGUCAAGGUUAUGGAGAUGGAUGAAGAAAUUGAAGUGGGCGGGAUUUGCAGGUCACAAUGGUAAAAGUGCCCUCAACGUUGGAAAAGGAGAACUGGCAAACUACUGUCCUGCCUGCCCGCAACCAGGCAUCAAUAUUGAUCCUAACUGGAGAGAGGAUCCAAAUAAAUGGGUUUACAAACGGAUUUUUGUAGCAGAUGGAAACUUUAAAGCCGACCACGUACGAUCAGAAAAGCCAUCGCGGGAUAUCUGGCUGUCGGAAGGCGGGGGUAUGAUGCCUCAAAGAGAGGAGUAUCAUGCAUUUUUAAAGACAGCAAUUGAAGCACUGACCGGUGCACCUUGCGAGAACACUUUCCGCGCUAUUCAAAAUUCAUUAUUAUCCUCCUCAUCGUGCGAUGUUACAGGUGUUGUUGGAGUGGCAUGUGCCCGCCAUGGCUGUUAUGCUCCCAAUGCUCUUGUCAACCUUUUCAAAGGCGAACAGCAAAAGAAUGUUGAUUUUGCCUUUCUAGCGGCCCUUCGCUCUACUGGAGUUCAUCCCGAUCAAGGAACAAUGGUAAUAUAUGACAUUAUCUGCCAGUACAUCAUCCAUCUCUUGAAGCGAAUCAAACAGCAUCUCCCGAACGGUCUCAAAGUUGAUCGUGCCAUUGGAAUGUUUCACGUCCAUGCCCAUAAAGACGAGUGUUUUUUCCGAUAUGCACCUACCUUUAUUCCCGGGGCUGCUUGCGUUUGCGGAGAAAUACUUGAAUCUCUGUGGGCAGACUUAAACUCCAUCUCUCCAGCCGCUCGCACUGCAACACUAGCGCAUCGUACGGAGAUUCUGGAUGAUCACGCAUCCGAUUCAAACCACAAAAAGGCUCUGGAAAUCACAAAAUAUCUUUGCCGAAGGCAUCUGGAGUCUGUACAAGCACGAGAAACCUAUCGGAUAUCUUUUGCAAACUUGACAAAAGCCGCUGAUCCCGACGCGGUUAACCUCUGGAAGAAACAGAUAGAAGAUGCCGAAGCCCGCAGAUUGGAGGAUCCCAAAGUGAUGGAUAUCUACACAGCAAAGCGACCUGGACAAAGUACUUCAUCAAAUCGCGAUUCUGAGGCUGAAUGUACAUCUGAGUCCUUGACUCCAACAGAGUCAUGGAUUCAAUUUGCAUUACUGGUCGAAGAGAAACAACUUGAUAUCCGCGUCCGUGCACGGAGGUUGGUAAAUCAUGACCGACUUACCGACCGAGUCAAGUUGCAGAAGCUUCGGGACGCUCUCAAGCCUCUUUUAUCUCAACUUUCCUUGCUUCAAGCCAAUGCGGGAGUGGUAACAACUGCAGUACACGGACAAAGCUUUUCUGAGCAGCUUUUUGUUGACUGGGAGGAGGACAAAGAUGUUCUUGCGCCGGGAUCGGCUCCACCAGAGUACGACGCCAUUGAUAAGCAGCUACUAUGCCUGCCGUCUAACGGAACAGCGGACAAUAUAUACGCGCCAUACGAGCUGAAGGCACAGAUUUCUCAGGCCCGAAGCCUCCUCGAUCAACUUCGUGAACGCAUUGCCGAGAGAUCAUUUCAAUACUCCGACAUUGUUCGUCAUGCACCCCGGAAAGGUGUCCGCACAAGAGGAUAUGCCGCAGCAAAGGAACUCAAAGACCAAAUAUUCCUGCAUGCACAGGCUUAUUCACAUUGUAGAAGUUGCCUCGUACAACUUGGUGCCGAUGUCAGUACCUUGCAAGAAUUCCGAAUUUUAACCAAAGACGAUGUGAAGUCUAGCACAGCAGUCAUCAACCCAAAUAUUGCUGGAUCCACCAAGUUCCGCCUCUCUUGGAUUUGGUACUCAAUAAACCAACGUCUCGGACCAAGAUGGGCACUUGAUCCAAAUGCCGACUCCGCUGCGGAUCCCUAUAGUAUUGGCGAGGAUGCCGAUCCCGCCACUGUUCUUGAAUUCAAACGUGUGCAUUGGUUACGGGCAAGAGCACUGUACAACCGUUGGCUUGAAGAAGAAACUUUGGUUCGUUAUGAAAUGCGGUGGACCGUGUUAUUUUUCCUUCAUAAAUCAAAGUGGUGGCUAGAUACUAUUAACGGUGACAGAGCCUUAACACCAGGUGCAACGGCGUAUGCACAUCGGCAGUCACAGAUGUACAAGCGCUUGGCAUUGAUUGGGGAUCAUUAUUUUAAGCAGACAAAUGUAAAUUAUACAUCCAUUAUACUCAAGAGCGAAAACCCCCCUACUAUCCGCCCAUUCCGCCAGCUAUCUGCACCAGUAAUGGAUGAAGUACCCUCAAUUCGCCCAUUCCGCCCCUUUGAUCUUCAGUAUGGGUUCCGUGAAGCUUUGAUUCAUAUUUUGCAGGCCUCUGGGCAGAGGCGUAAACAGUGGAUGCAGCGAAGCCUUCAAAAGGAAUUGAACUGGGUUUUGAGCCUCAUCGGUCGGGGAUAUGUCGUCGGGUUGAACUUGGAGAUUCCGCACUUGAUUCGCUGUCUUGCGGACUCUCUCGGAUCGGUAGACAAAGACAUUCUCCCCAUAAAUAUUGACAUGGCCUUCGUUGAAAUUCUUGCGAGCGGCACUCGGGAAUGGGCCUUUGACAAGCGUGUCGGGUCCUACAUUUAUGCCUGGUGGAACUCAAACAGCGCUCCAAAGCCAGAGGACCACAUGGGUACUCCGACUAUCGAGGCAAUUCUUUCUCAUCACAAGGCUGAGUUCUACAAAACAUUUGAUCCUGAACCAACAACGACAUUCGAUGACUUGCUCAAGGCACACAUUUUCAACCAAGUUCCCGAUGUCCCGGCCAAUCUGCCUCUCAUCCAUCCUGUUCAAGUCAUUCUAAACAAAGUAGGAGACACUUGUGAUGCUUGCGACGCCUUUCAAAAUCUUUCCAUUGAAAGUAUCCAGCAGCUUAGCAGUGCAAAGAAUCAUACCUCAUCCAUGUUUAGCACUGCUAACACCGAGCUUGACCGCAUUUCCCGCCGUGCUAUUGGAUUUUUUGAGCUCUACGAGGCUUCGCAACGCGCUGCAGAUUUGAACAAAGACCCCGCCAUGACUCAUUCCGAUGAAAAUCCCGCUUCAAAAUGGACCUGGGGCAGAGAACUGACAGCAAAAGAGGUGUGCUCCCUUGGAGGGAAAAAGAAGGCGUUCCACUCUGGUUAUGCGGAAAGUCUGCGAGACGGUAAGCUACGUUCGCGGUCCCAACACAAAGCAUCGCACUCCCCUCACGCAUCCGACAAUUUUGAGCCCGUCUCGCCCUUGGUUCAAGAGAAACAUAUGUCGGACAAAUCUGUCAUCCACCCCCAAUACUUCAAAGAUGGGACGGACAAAGGUUCAAUCGCUAGUCUUAUCGAAAUGGCGGAAACGACGUACAAAUCGGAGUCCGACUCUGAUGACAACGUCAACCACGUUGAAGGUUCUCAAACAGUGUUGGAGCUGUUGGCACAGGCCGAGUACAUUUAUUCCGACGACGACGAUGAAGACAAGAAUUCCGAAGUCAACAACGUAGCGGCUUGCGCUCAGGCUCCACAAUCGGUAUCGGAAUUGUUGGCGCAGGCUGAGUACAUUAGCUCUGACGACAACGAGAACGGCGAUGACAUACAGGAGGGACACAAUGGCGGAAAGGUUGCUGGAAAGAAGAGGCAAAUUUCUGAAAGCCCAACCGACUCGGACAGUGGGCCUAUUAGGCAAACUAAGAAUCGCAGAUCGGAUAGUCAGACUGUCAAGAGCAAAGAUAACUCAACCCCAUACUUCACGAAGAGUUUUUUUGCUCGUCAAUUGGAUGAAGGCCUCUUUGAAAACGACGCCGACCCCAAUGCCAAUGAUGAAAAAGAUUCCGACGAUGAGGGUGUAAGCGAUGGCGGGGAAAUGGAAGAGUAG